UUCGAGCACCUUUUAAUGUUUCAUUUUGCUUUUAUUUUCUUUUUACAAAAAAAAAUUAUUUUUUUAGCAAGUCGUGAGUCUUCUGCACAACGUGGUCUUCCUGAUAGUUCUUCAUCUAUUGGAAUGAUUAAAUUGGAAAGUGAUUCUAUUGAUGAUCAAAAAGGGAAAGGUGUUAAAAGGAAAGCUGAUACAACAACAAGUUUUGAUGAAGAUCAAGGACCUUCUUCUAAACAAAUUUUGCCAACAAAACGUGAAGUUAGACCAAUAAAAAAGGGACCACCUCAAAUUGACUAUGCACAACUUAAACCUCGUUUGAAAGGAAAACCUAAUGAACAGAUGAAAUUUUGCACAAAAUUAUUAACUGAGCUUAUGAUUUCUAAAAAGUGUAAAGGUUUCAAUUGGGCAUUUUUGGAACCUGUUGAUGUUGAAGGAUUAAAGCUGUUUGACUAUUACGACAUUAUCAAAGACCCUAUUGAUCUUGGCACAAUAAGAAGAAAAAUGGAUGCUCGACAAUAUGUUACUCCAGAAGAAUUUAAAAGUGACAUUAUGCUCAUGUGUGACAAUUGUUUUACUUACAAUCCUGAGGGGCAAAUAGUCAAUAAACUUGGCAAACAGCUUCUGGAUUAUUUUAAUGCCCGUUGGAAGCAUUUACCGCUUGAAACUAAAGAAGAAAUUCAUCAACAACUUCCAGUUUUACAUAAGGAAGAACUUAAAGAACAACAACCUCCUUUUAUUCCUUCGUUCAAAAAUGUAAAACCUUCAAUUUCUUCGAAUAUACCAUCUUUGUCGUCUCAAUCCGCUAAAUCAAUGGAUGAUGAUGAUCAAAUAGAUUUAAUGCUUUAUCAUGUUAAUGAUAAACUUACUCAACUUCAACAAUAUAACCAAGAACUAAUUUCACUUAAGUUUAAACGUCGUGAGGCUCGCUCACAACAUCAGCCAUUGCCCCAACUUAGUGCUGAUCUUCAUUCAGCAAUUAAUAGUGCUCUAAAUGCUCCAGUUCAAAAUAUUCCAUCAACUGCCUUUAUGCCUCCAAUGUUGGCUACUCAAUCUUCUAGUGGCAGUUUAAAUAUUCAGCAACAAGUUAAUAAACAACCAAAUAUUCCAACGAGCAUUCCACAACAUAUUGUGGCGCCUACACAAUCUUUUAAGAAAAAAUCUGGACCUGGAAGGCCUAAAGGAUUUAUUCCAGGACUUGGAGUUCAACCAUCAGUUAUGGAAGGAGGCGGAAGUAUUAGUGCACCGUCUUUAGCUCAGAAUUUAGUUCCGUCUUCUGUGGCCAUUCAACAAGUUCCAACACUGGUUCCUCCUCAAAAACAACCACUGCCGCAACAACAACCAUUGCAAAGCAAUUUGAUUGGACCGCCUACUUCAACUGCAGCAGUUCCUCAACAACAACUUAUGUCACAAAUGCAACAACAACAGCCACAACAACAAGGAUUUGCUGGAGCUGGUGGUGGUGUUGGCAGACGUGGACGUAAACCUGGUUCGAAAAAUAAACCUAAAACAGAGAAAGCUGCUAAAGAGAGUUCAGCAGCGCCUAGACGUGAAUAUGAAUUCAAUUCAGAGGAUGAACAUGCGACUGAGCCAAUGACAUAUGAUGAAAAGCGUCAACUUUCUAUGGAUAUAAAUAUGUUGUCUGCUGAUAAAUUGUCAACUGUUGUCAACAUUAUUGAAGCUCGUGAGAAGAUUACAGAUUUUAAUCCAGAGGAAAUCGAGAUUGACUUUGAGACGCUCAAACCGGUGACACUUCGGGAUUUGGAGGCUUAUGUUAAAAUGUGUCAGCAACAAGGUGGUUUGGCCAAAAAGAAGGAGGUUCCAAUGAAUGUUUCUAAUGGAAGUGUUCAAAUGCCGAACAAAACUCAACAAGAUCCUGGGAGCGUUAAAAACUCUUCUCUUGUCUCAACUGUAAGUCGACAACAACAGCCACCACCACCAUCUCAACAGCAACAAAACAUUUCAAAGGAUGAAUCAUCUUCAGAUUCUGAUUCGAGUGGUGGUACUUCGUCUUCAGAGGAUUCUAGUGAUUCUUCAGAUACUGAAUCAGGUUAGAGGAUAAAAGAGAAAAAAGGGAAGCCAACACCGCGUAAACAAGCACCACCUGUGAUGAAUGCAAACAAUGCAAAUAAUA